AUGCGGCGGAGUCUGCGCCUACGCGGGGACGCGGCGCUCAUGCUGGUACUCAGUGCCACCCUUGGCCUCCUGCUUUACGCGCAGCGCGACGGCGGGGCCCCGACGACAAGCGCUCCGCGAACGCCAGGGAAGGCGGCGCGGAGGCCCAGCCCAGUGCCCCGCGCAAUCCAGGCACCAGACGCGGGUGCAGCCCCCUUGGCCUACGAAGGGGACACGCCAGCGCCGCCCACGCCUACAGGACCCUUUGACUUCGGCCGCUACCUGAGCGCCAAGGAUCAGCGGCACUUCCCGCUGCUCAUUAACCAGCCGCACAAGUGUCGCGGCGAUGGCGCACCCGGCGGCCGACCCGACCUACUCAUUGCUGUCAAGUCGGUGGCUGCCGAUUUCGAGCGGCGUCAAGCCGUGCGCCAAACGUGGGGUGCUGAGGGCCGAGUGCAGGGGGCGCUUGUGCGCCGUGUGUUCUUGCUGGGCGUGCCCAGAGUCGCGGGCAUGGACAAGGCUGACACGGAAGAGGAGGGUAUGCGAGCGCAUUGGCGCGCCCUGCUGCGCGCUGAGAGCCGUGCCUACGAGGACAUCCUGCUCUGGGCCUUCGACGACACUUUCUUCAAUCUAACGCUUAAGGAGAUCCACUUCCUGGCCUGGGCCUCAGCCUUCUGCCCCGACGUGCGCUUUGUUUUUAAGGGCGAUGCUGACGUAUUUGUGCACGUAGGAAAUCUGCUGGAAUUCCUAGCGCCGAGGGACCCGACAGAGGACCUGCUUGCAGGUGACGUGAUUGUGCAGGCUCGGCCAAUCCGCGCGCGGGACAGCAAGUACUAUAUCCCCGAGGCUGUGUACGGCCUGCCCGUCUACCCGGCCUACGCGGGUGGCGGUGGCUUCGUCCUUUCGGGGGCCACGUUGCACCGCCUGGCCGGUGCCUGCGCACAGGUUGAGCUCUUCCCCAUCGACGACGUGUUUCUGGGCAUGUGUCUUCAACGCCUGCAGCUCACACCCGAGCCUCACCCCGCUUUCCGCACUUUUGGUAUCUCCCGGCCUUCGGCUGCGCCACACCUGCGAACCUUCGACCCCUGCUUUUACCGAGAGCUGGUCCUGGUGCAUGGGCUCUCGGCCGCUGACAUCUGGCUUAUGUGGGGCCUGCUGCAUGGGCCACGCGGGCCAGCCUGUUCACAUCCGCGGCCUGCUGCUGCAGGGCCCUUUCGAUGGCGCCCCUAGCCACCCAUCACCGCCCAAGUUGAGUGGCCCAAGGUCCCCUCACUCAGACCCAGGAUGGAGUGGGUGGAGGCUUGAAGAGGUUUACCAGAUC